ACAACGUCAUGCUACAUACGGACAAUAUCUAACGAUAUUUUAUGCAGUCUUUAUGGUGACAACAGGAUUGCUCUACAUGCUCAAGUCGAUCGUGUUAAUAAUGAUAGAGGAUACUUCAAACUCGACCAGAUUGGCCGUAACGAAACUACCCUUCCGCGUGGAAUACGGUUAUAAGAUAGAUCAGUACUUCUAUCCGAUACUGAUUCAUUGUUAUCUAACCGUGUAUUCUCACGUGACCGCCACGGUCGCUGCCGAUACCUUGUACUUCGCUCUGAUCCAACAUGCCUGCGGGAUGUUCUCGGUUGUCGGACACAUGCUGGAACAUAUUGGCGAGAAUAUCAAUGCAAAUUUUGAUCUGAAGCCCGACAAGAAAAACGAUAAGAAUUACCACAAA